AUGGAUCUUGAAAACACGGAAGCCGCUAUCGGCUUUGCCGAAAAGGUGCAGUUUGACGAGCAUCUAAAAGAUGGACACAAAAAUGCACAAACCCUUCAAUCAGAUCUGGUUCCUCUCCCACCUGCAAAACAUGGUGAUCCAGACACAAACAUAUCGGAUCAACACUUUCCAACAGAUGAAGAGCGAGCAACACUGCGACGCGUACCUGAAAAACUCAGCGUUGCCGUUUUUUCAAUCGGUAUUUGCGAAUUAGCCGAACGUUUUAGUUUCUAUGGUGCAACACAAGUGUUCACUAACUUCAUCGCACGUUCUCGUCCCAAAGUUGAUGGAGAAAUUUCUGCUUCAGGUGCUGCCAAGCAUAGCUCACAAGCCUCAGGUGCAUUGGGUAAGGGAUCAGAGACAGCAAAUGGUCUUGUAACAUUCAACCAGUUCUGGUGCUAUAUCACGCCAUUACUGGGCGCGUAUGUUGCUGAUGUAUACACCGGUCGUUUUAAUGCCUUAUGCCUUGGUGUUGCCUUUGCCAUGGUUGGACACAUCUUGCUAGUGAUCUCAGCUAUACCGUCUGUAUUGGACGACGCAGACGGCGCAAUAGGAUGCUUUGCUGUGGCCAUUGUUAUAAUGGGAUUUGGCACGGGUCUUUUCAAGAGUAACUGCUCUGUCCUGAUCGCAGAUCAAAUGAAGGUCAAAGAGCAAACGGUCGUAAAACUCAAGACGGGUGAACGAGUAAUUAUUGACCCAGCACUCACCAUGGAACGCCUGUACUUGUGGUUCUACUUAAUGAUUAACAUCGGAUCGUUUGGUGGCCAGCUCGGUAUGGUCUAUGCUGAAAAAUGGGUGGGUUUCUGGCUCUCUUAUCUGCUACCCACACUGGUAUUCAUUAUUCCCAUCCCUGUGUUGUGGUUUGGUCGAAAGUAUUACAAGGUCCUACCUCCUGACAGGACUGUGUUCAAUAAUGCAGCUCGUGUUUAUGCACUUGCUUUCAAGAGGAAUUGGAGCUGGUCACCACUGACUUUUAUACGAAAUUGGCGCUCAGAACAUUAUUGGGACUGCGUCAAGCCUUGUACCAUUGAAGAAACUCAGCGCAAACCCUGGAUGACAUUCGACGACCAUUAUGUGGACUUAUUGUCCCGUGGUGCAAAAGCUUGCAUGAUAUUCAUGCUUUUCCCCUUGUACUUUGUGUGCUACAACCAAAUCACCAACAAUUUGAUCUACCAGGGUGGGCAAAUGGAUAUUGGCUCUACACCGAACGAAAUUCCGGCUACUCUGGAUCCUAUCUGUAUUAUUGUCUUCGUGUUUAUAUUUAAUAUGGGUGUCUACCCUUUGUGCGACCGGCUCAAGAUUCCAUUCACGCCCAUUAAGCGCAUCACAGUUGGCUUUUUUGCAGCCUCCUUCGCCAUGGUCUGGUCAGCCGUCCUCCAACAUUAUAUCUACCAGAGGAACCCAUGUGGAAACCGCGUUGGCGAUGAUGUGGUUAGGAAUGGCAUAAACUGCAGUGAGACUAACGCAGAUAUCUCAGUGUGGGUUCAGGUUGGCGCGUACGGCUUGGUUGCUUUGAGUGAGAUUUUUGCAUCGGUUACGUCUAUGGAGGUGGCUGUGCUCAUGGCACCUGUCAACAUGCGCUCUAUAAUUAUGGCUGUUAGCUUGUUCACUACUGCCAUUGCGGCUGCCAUUCAAGAGGCGUUCAACCCUCUCUCUAAAAAUCCCCUAUUUGUUGUCAACUACACUGUAUUUGCUGCCCUCGCAUUUGUCGGUGGUAUUCUCUUCUUCAUUGUGUUCAUUGGCAUUGACAGAAAGCAAGAAGAACUCAAUCUCAUGAGCCAAGAGGGAGCUCUGCGCGAGGCGCAAGAGGCCGAAUGGCAAUCUGUGCCGCACGAUACCAAAUCGAACUCCUAA